AUGCCUUCGCGGAAUCCUAAUACCGUGGAGCUUCCGCUAUUCUCAUUCAACCCUGGAAUGAGCACAGCACAGACCACACACAGCGAUGAAAAUCUGCCGUCAUCCGAGGAUGAGGUAAUUGCGAAGCGUACGCGGCCUGCACCCCUGCCAGACUUCUCAUUCAAUCCCGGUGCGGACCUGACUCCCGACCGCGAGCCCAGCCCAACGCAUCCAGUGCUGCAAGAGAUGCAGCUGAACCAGCAACGCGCUGUGCGAUCAGCACGCCCAGCACCGCUUCCAGCGUUCACAUUCGGAAGUGCCGUGGCUUCAGCUACUCCAAGUCCUACUCGGUCGACAUUUGGAGAUGCACCAGGCUCGGCUGGCCCUGGUCACAAACGACGAGGAAGCGAAUUCGUAGGCGGUGGAAAAGAAGGGACACAACUGAUCAGUACGAGUCCGGCAAAGAGUGAUUACAGGCCACCUCCUGUUAGCGGCCAGCCUCGAGGUCACAUGCAUCGGAGAUCGCAGGCUGUGUCGAUAUCAGACAUCGACACGUCGGACCUGAUCAAGGUACAAGCACUGUCGAAGUCCCGCUCAGGCUCGCAGCCAGGCACUCCUUCGGACGCUACUUUCCCGACUCCCAGGCAAAGUCCUCCCAGACACUCGAUCUCGCAUUCGCAAUCGACACCAUCAUCGCCUAGACGCGAAAGCUUGAACAUGCCCAGACCAAGGGUCGGAUUCGCGGAUAGGGUUGAGAUGAUACCCAGACCACUUUCCUUGAUAUCGUCCGAGACGGAAGGCAGCUGCUCCACGGUUCGUGGGCACUCGGUUACUGGUAGCAUCAUUUCGAUCGCUAGCGGCUUGUCUGGUCCUCCCUCUGCCGUCAACUCUCCGACUAGAGCUCGGACCUUGGAUGACAGCCCAACGAGACCACGACCACGCACUGCCGACCCAGCAACGCUGAUGUCUUCGGCUAGUACCAGAUCCGCACCAGCUGAGCUCGAGAUACCUAAGAGGCCUCUUUCAGCUUCCGGUUCUCCUAGUGCGCCUCUGUCGGACAGCCCGCCGAGCAAGAAGAAGCAUUUCUGGUUCAGUCCCACUCCAAGCGAUGAUCUGCCGACACCGACCGCGACCUCCUCACCUAUGGUCAUUCCGUCUACUCUUCCAGCUCCACACGAACAGCCAAGACCCAAGACUUCUCCGGAACGUACAGCUAGUGUGAAGAAGAAGAGGAAGUACAACACAUGGACUUCUGGGAUCUUCUCACGGAAAACAGCAAAGCGACAGUCCAAGAAUGCCAAGCGGACACCAACACCACCUGCCCUGAUGCGACGGGCUUCGGAUAGGAUAAAUGAUGUCUUCGACCAGGACGAUACAGUAGUUCUCCGCUCCGCCUCUCCCAUCGCACACCGGACUCGACCCAAAUCAACACCAAUGGCAUUGACAUCGCCUCCACCAAUGAUGCAGACACAGUCAGAGCCAAUCAUCGACCUCGACGCUGUCAUGGCCGAUGCUCCCGCAGUGACACCGUCUCGUGGUCCUACUGGUCGCAUUGCCAAGCUUCACAGUAGCGAACGUCGUGGCCAAGUUGACGCAUUUGGGUCGUUUCACAAACGUGCUGAGUCGGCACCUGACAUGCAACCUGUCAACCGAGCUUCCUUCAAUAUCCAUAGAAUGGGUAGCAAUACUUCUUUGACCGAAGAUGUGUUUGAUGAGGAAGAGGAGGACAACUUCUUGGCUGGCAAAGAGACCGAUGUCGACGAAGCGAAAGAUGUUGAGUCGAUGGUCUCACCCAUGGGUAUGGAAGAUCGUGUCGAGGAGGGUCUAGGACUUGCUCUUUCGACCGACGAUGUUGUCAUUGUUGAUCCGGAAGGAGAUUUUGAUCCGAAUCGCUCCUCAAACUCGACCAUCGAGGCCUUGCCGAACGAGUUGAAGCGGCCGGCAUCAUCGCCCAUGAUCUUCUCCUACUCUAUCCCACAUUCUCAGUACGCGUCUUCGACAGAAGGCCGGACAACAUCGGCCUCCAUGGUCUCAUCGCCAGAUGCCGAGCAUGUCUCGUUCGAAAGCUUUCCCCGAGGACCGCGCUAUCUAGGCGAGCCAAAUCCUGACUUCGUACUGCGGGCCUCAAACGAAGACCUGCCAUCACUGUCGGAUAGCCACUCAAGUGGUAUGAUUCCGCGAAUGUCAAGCAGCGCAAAUACACGUUCCUCAGUCGAGCAGCGAGCCCACUCUGUUUGCGUUCCUGGUACUUCAAGAUCAAGUCAGCCUGCAUGGAAGCGCGCUAGUCUCGCCAGCUUGAACCGCCUGAUUCCCGGAUCUGCCAACGGUAGCAAGCUCAAAUUCGAGGCUGUUCCUGCGGAGCAGCAGAGUGUACAGAGUGAGACGGUCGAGAAGCGCAAAAGUCAUCGACUGAGCAAGCUGAUGAAAUUCUGGCGGAGCAAGGAGAAGCUGACUGAGUGA